UCAACGCGUAAAACUCAAAUCUAACAAAAUGAAAUUCGUCAUUGUCUUCGUUGCUCUCUUCGCCGUCGCCUUCGCCGCCCCAGCUGAUUCCGAUGCGCAAGUCCUGCGCUUCGACUCCGACGUGCAAGCCGAUGGAUUCAAAUACGCUUAUGAGACCAGCAACGGUAUUGUGGAAAACGCUGAUGCUGUCCUGAACAACGUUGGAAGCGAAAACGAGGCUAUUGCUGUCCGUGGCUCUUACUCCUUCGUUGCUGAUGAUGGUCAAACCUACACCGUCAACUACAUCGCCGAUGAGAACGGUUUCCAACCACAAGGUGCUCAUUUGCCCGUCGCCCCAGUUGCUUAAGAUGCUAAAUAUUUGACUGCAAUCCGAACGUGUUUUUUUUUUUUUGUUACUACAAGUUAUUUUACGAUUCCGUGAAAGUUUUCUAAAGUCAUGAAUCUACCAACUCUCGUAUUUGUUAUUAAUACGCUGUUAUUGUUAAACAAUUUGCAAUCAAUGCGACCAGUUGUUGAGUCCUAGUCUAAGCUAUUAGAACACAGAA